GGUGGUUUUUUUUUUUUUUUUUUUUAUGGUUGGAAUUGCCACCAAAGUGCGCCUCGAACGCAUCUGACCAACGCAAGCCUAGUCCCGCUCGAAGAUUGGCUCCGGUGGAACCCGCGCUUCAACGAUUCGACCUGUGUGCGCCUGGGAAGGAAGACUCGUUGUUCCGUCCAUCACGGUGGCAGAGUCCGAUUGCGCAAACCCUUUUCCACUUUGUUCGACCCGCGCCCGCUGUCCAAGGCCGAAGGAGCAACCUGGCAAAAGGAGGAAGGCGCAUCGAGUCGAGUUUGGUGCUUGUUUGCGAGAUCUCGUGCACGGGCUGUCCGGACGUUCGUGGUUUGUUCCAUCGGCACGCACGACCAAAAUUUCCCACAGUUCGAGCACGCAGCUGCAUUGUUUUCAUCACGAGCAAAACAGAGGCCCACGCUGUCCUCCCAUACAUCACCACAACGGAUGGCUGACAUUGAGUAG